AUGGCCGGCGGAGGGAAAAGGCCCACGGAAAACGAGCGGGAAGGAGGGAAACCGGGCGCGGCCGUCUCUUUAUCGGUGGCCCUCGCUCAAAAGCCUAAAACUAAGAGAGCAAAAAGAUUUCUUGAGAAGAGAGAACCCAAACUUAAAGAAAAUACAAAAAAUGCUAUGCUCAUAAAAGGAGGAAAUGCAAACUUAACAGUGACUGAAGUGCUUAAAGACAUUUAUGCUGUGAAGAAGCCUUUUGCUGUACUGUAUAAAAAGAAAAAUAUUACUAGGCCUUUUGAGGAUCAAACAUCAUUGGAAUUUUUUUCCAAGAAAUCAGAUUGUUCUUUGUUUCUGUUUGGCUCUCAUAACAAGAAGCGGCCUAACAACCUGAUAAUAGGUCGCAUGUUUGACUAUCACGUCCUAGACAUGAUUGAGCUAGGCAUUGAGAAGUUUGUAUCCCUAAAAGAUGUCAAGAACAGUAAAUGUCCUGAAGGAACAAAACCUAUGCUGAUAUUUGCUGGUGACAUGUUUGAUGUAAAUGAAGAAUACAGAAGACUGAAGAGCCUUCUUAUUGAUUUCUUCAGAGGUCCUAGUGUGCCCAGUAUUCGUCUGGCUGGUUUAGAGUAUGUUUUGCAUUUCACAGCUGUAGAUGGGAAAAUUUACAUGCGAAGCUAUAAGGUGCUUCUGAAGAAAUCUGGCUGUAAAAUACCAAGAAUUGAACUGGAAGAGAUGGGACCUUCAUUAGAUCUGGUUAUGAGGAGGACACAUUUAGCUUCGGACGACCUUUAUAAGCUGUCUUUAAAACAACCAAAAGCCCUGAAGCCUAAGAAGAAAAAGAAUAUCUCCCAUGAUGUGUUCGGUACAACUUAUGGUCGAAUCCACAUGCAGAAGCAAGAUCUUGGUAAACUGCAGACACGAAAAAUGAAAGGGUUAAAAAAGAGGCCAGCAGAGAAGUCAGCUGAAGAUGGUGGGGUUAGUCCCAAAAAGUCAAAAUCAGCUUGAUAGUCUGGAACAGCUUUGAAAACUCUUUGUACCUUCAAAUUUAGUAUGUAUAUUGUAAUAUAAAUGUGUCAGACAUAAAAGAUUCAGCUGCUGUUAGCUUUAGUUUUAUAAAAAAAAUCUUUUUAAUGAUUUGUCAUUUUAAAGGGAACAUGGGGGUAUUGAGCUUUAACAUGGAACUUGGGUAUUUAAAAUACAAAAUGUGAUAAAACUUGCUUAGUUUUCCGAAGCUGAGUAUUUAUUAUCUUGGUGUUAGCAAACAUAUGCUAGUCAAGCAGGUGACUCAUUUCCCGAACAGUUUUAUGGCUAUUAUGUUGGGAACCCUUGAUCAGUCAACUCAUCUUAAAUUCUGUGCCGGACCAGAGUAGCGUAUAUGCAUAACAUACGCAGCACAACUUCUCUGUUCGUUUAUUGUUUAUGUAUUUCAGGUUUUGCACAACUCAAUAAACUAUAAACCAUUUUCUAAAGUGUGAACUCACAACAUGUGUCUGAUGCCAGACUGCUUUUAACUAUUGCACCAAGUCCUACUUUAAUCGCUCCUGAUUCUGCAAGUGUGAGGUGUUUUUACUGUGUUCAUCACCAUGGCAGCAAAGUGCCUGAUGUUUGCUUUAGGCAUAAAUGAAACCUUUACAGUUUGAAUUUCAAUCAUUGCUGCUUGAUUUGUGCCCAGAAUCAAAGUAUGUGAAGCAACUUUGAAAGGUACAAGUCUUUUCUUCUUACCCUGCUUUCCUCCUAAGUUUGUGCUCGUGAGUUAGUGAAGACUCAAUUAAAGGCUUGGGUAAAGGGGAUGAGCGUUUAAGACCUUAGUGGGACUCUGGUGUGGUCUAUGUUUUGGAACAUACUGAAAAACCCUGCUUUUUUUCUUCUGCUUGUCUGUUUGGAAGCUAUUACUCUGCCCUUGAGCAUAAUUAUGAUAAAAGUGUACAGGCUUUAUCAACACAGCAAGCUUGCUCAUCCUAGUUAGGUUUUUAUCUUUUCUUGUUAGUUUUCUCAGUGUAAUCAGCUGAAGUGUCACGUUAGAAACAGGCGGUUUGUUAUUUGUACUUGUCUUCUGCAUCCUGAAUUGGAAGCAGUUGGGCAGCUUUGCUCUCCUUAUGUGAGAGCUGAGCCGUAACUGCGGCUGUGCAAAUGCCACACAUGAUGUUCUUGCUGUGCUGGUUUGAUGAAACGUGUAGUGUG